AUGAAGCUCAAGUGCCAGCUGGAACGUGAGAAGCAGAGCCUCGCCGCAGAGAAGGCCCACCUCGACACCGAAAAGAAGGUGAUGAGCGAGCGGUACAAGAUCACGGAUAAGGUGCUCGAGCUCAACGUUGGAGGCAAGCACUUCUCCACCUUCCUUAGCACGAUCUGCAAGUACGAGGGUAGCAUGCUGGCGGCCAUGUUCAGCGGGCGCCACUCCCUGAUCCAGGACUCGCGCGGCCGGUACUUCAUCGACCGUCCCGGCGAGUCGUUCGCCGUCAUACUGGAGUGGCUGCAGACCGGCUGCUUCCUCUGGCCCGACUCCGAGUGCGCCAAGCGACGGAUCAAGCUCGAGCUCGAGUACUUUGGACUCGUCGAAGCCCUCUACGGAGGUGCGCAGCUGGACUCGAUGAUUCUGGAGCAAGACGACUGCGGCCAAUUGCACGAAUGGCUCAACUUGGAGGGCAACUGGGAGCUGUGCUAUCGGGGAACCAGGGACGGGUUCCGGGCGUUCAACUUUCAUCAGCUGUGCGACGGCGCCCACCCGUCGCUGACGAUCAUCAAGACCACCACCGGCCAAGUCCUGGGAGGCUUCACCUCUAUCGGAUGGUCGUCGCGUUCGGGUUUCCACCAGGACCACACCUCCUUCCUCUUCACCCUCCGCAACCCCUCGGGAAGACCGCAACGCCUCGAUUGUCUGGCGUCGGCCAAUGCGGUGUACCACAACCCCAACUAUGGGCCGACGUUCGGGGGCAACAGCGACCCCAACUACGUCUCGAUCUACGGGGGCGCAGGGCCUGAUCUUUGCGUGGUGGACAACUGCAACCUGAGCGGCUAUUCGUAUGUGAACGUGCGAACCAGCUUCACCCCGGUGGGCCACACGCCCUUCACCGACCACCAGUACUUCACGGUCCUCGAGAUCGAGGUCUUCAAGCUGAGGAGCCCCCAGUACUAG